CUGACACCAAAACAAACCGGCGCAGUUUACCGGCAUAUGUUUACAUCAGAAAGCGGUGACAUUGAAGAAUAUUUGGGGUACAUCGACGCACGGGAUCUGGAAAUUACUACUCAACUUUAUCAUAUGUAUCGUUGAUGAACCGUUUCAGAUAUGUUUGGGAACAGAAAGCUGGCGAAGCGAUCCAUUACAGGAACGAGAAUCGCAGCGCUCCAACAAGAUGGCCGAUACUACCCCGGUAUUAUUGAAUCCCAGACUUCCGAGGAAGGUUUUAUAACAAGUGCUAUGUAUAAGGUCAGAUUCGACAAUGGGGAUUCCAAGGAAAUUACUUCAGAAGGCAUUGUCGGGCAGGGAUUCCGUCAAAUGACAGAAAUUAACUUGAGAAAUGGACAGAAAGUCUUCGUGACCCUGAAUGGGAGAGAAGUGUCAGCGAUUGUUAUUACACAGGACGAGGAUAAUGUUUUGAUAACAGUCACGCAAAUGGACGGGGAGAGGCGAGAGAUGGUGAAGAGAAUUGACGAAGUGAGGCUCUUAGAAAGUAGAAAAUCGGCCAGACUAGCUGAUUUGGACACAGACUACUCCAAACUUGCAGAUAUUCAACUUUCCGAACCAAAGAAGAGACCAGUUUCACAUGUAAUCGACGUGCCGGCAAAGUCACGGCGAGAGAGACGUCACCUAGACUCAGCACUGUAUGGAAGCGACGACGACAACGACGAUGUCGACAUGGUAGAUGAACGUGAACAUGUGGCAGCGUUCGCUCUCACCAGUCUGUCCAGUAGUCCAGCCUCGCCCUCCUUCCCGCAGUCGUUCAAGGAAAAAGAAUUUCUCCGAAGUCCGGGAUCUUUCCAUGACUAUCAUUUGUCGAGUAGUGCGGCGAGCAGUGGGUUUGAAAGUGGUCACUCUGAGAGAAGUGACCGGUCCCCACCCCUACCCUCACACUUGAGCGAGAGCGCACCUGCAGCCAUUCAGAUCAGGAGCCCCACCCCACCCGACGACGUUCUGGAUCUCGAGGAAAACAUCAAACAGUUUUACGACGCCGACACACAAGAACACAAGGGUCUGCGGACAGUGUUCCAGUGCACAUGGCGCCGAUGUGGUGAAGUCUGUAACACAUUGAAAGAUAUUACAAAGCAUGUACGGAAGACACAUUUCAACCGUGACAGUGACGAGGAGUUGUCCGACCAGGAGGAGGACUUCUAUUACAAUGAGGUUCAAGUCGAGAUGGACAAUGUCACGCGACAGUUUGCCGAGAUGCAUACAUCCUCACCCCCUCCUCUCAGCAACAUGGACUCUUCCAACAAUGUCAUACCUGUCGCCAAUGUUGGGAUAUUUGACCAUGAUUAUCAGAGAAAGGAACAUAAGACACCCUCUCACAUCCUGGCCUCGUCGGUGCCAUCUGCUGGGGACAUAACAGGUCAGGGGACAUCACUCCCAAUUGUCAUCCCAGAAGGUCAGAUCAAGAGGUCGUUGUCAUGGCAGAUACAGUCAUCAUCACCAGGGAAUGUGGCAUCCUCCCCAGUGAGGUUUUCCCGGCCAAGCGUCCAGGUACGUCUCCAGCAACACCAGGCUCAGUCUCCCAAGUCUCACAUGUUCCCAUCACCUCCAAAAGCUGGUGGAAUGCAUCGGAAGCCACGAAGUGAGGUCAGGAAAUGUCGGAAAGUUUACGGAAUGGAAAACAGGGAUUCAUGGUGUACUCAGUGUAAAUGGAAGAAAGCAUGCACCCGCUUCCUGGACUAAGCAUCUCCUCCCCAUCAUGACCAUAGUGACAUGUCCAUAGUGACAUGACCAUAGUGGCAUAACUUUGUGACAUGUCCAUACUAACACGUCCAUAGUGACAUGUCCAUAAUGACACGUUUAUAGUGACAUGUCCAUAAUGACACAUCCAUAGUGACAUGUCCAUAAUGACACGUCCAUAGUGACAUGUCCAUAAUGACACGUCCAUAGUGACAUUACUCUGUGACAUGUCCAUAGUGGACAGAAAUGGACAUUCUUAGAAGCGAUGAAUGCCUGAAUGUUGUAGGUUUGUGAGAUAACUGAUUUCUUGCUGAGCCACAAUCCUUGCUGAAGUCUGUAUAUAUAUAUCCUUGGUAGUUGAUGGUAUACUCUUCCUGUCAAUUUUACAAGAACACCUAAUGCUGUUUAUGAAAUGAAACUUUACUUUGCAAAAUCACAGGUGACUUCUCUUCAAAUGGCUGUAUGUAUCCUUCGUAGUUGAUUAGGUACUCUUCCUGUCAAUAUCCCCUCGACAUACAUCUCCCCAAGGCAAAGAAGUUAAUUGCCUAUACAAGUGCCGAACAAGGAUGGAAUUACGUGGCAGGAUCAUAGCACACCAAUGGCUAUUAUGAGUUACGUCCCUUGCAUGUCCCUCCUACUGACCAAUCAGAUUCCACCUCUCAUAUAACUUGCAUUUACUUCAAACAAAAUGGCGGCACCAAUUCAAGAGGAUCUGAUCGAAAAUCAUGAUAUUUAUUGUAAUAAAACGGGUCUUACCUCACAAAAUGCAUCAAACCACUAGAGCACCUUCAUUAAAAACAUGAAAAGAUUUGGAAAAUAACUGUCAAAGCCAAGUUGAUGGUACUCACAAGCUGAAAAUUCUGCAAUCAUUCGAAAUCUGCACUGAAGUUUACGAACCGAAUGUCGAUUUUGUUACACGAUUUUUAUUGGACUAUGCAUAGACUCGUUAGUCCAGCUAAAUGGAACUCCAUAAUUCCAGCCUAGUUCAAGAGUUAAAACAUUACUUUUUUAGUCAGUUAACUCAGUUGCCUUGGGCAGAUGCCAGACACAGUGAAUCUGAAAGUUAGCUUUGCAGAAGUACAGGUGACUUCUCUCCAAAGUCUUGAAACAUCUUUCUUUCGCUCAAAUAUUUUCAAGACUGUAUUAUAAUGCACUAUCAGUCUCUCCAUCAAUAUGUCCCUUUCUGAGAAGAACUAUUUAAACCACAUAAUUUCUGACACCUCGGUAAAUUUUUUAAUAAAAUUGCAAACGUCAUGUUGCCAUGUACCAGAUUGAUAGAUUUUGGCACAUGAAGUAUUUUCAUAAUUUCUCAUUUUACAUUUUUAAGUUAAUACCAAAAUUGUUUCAGAACAUAGCAUUUUUCCCCCUUGGUUUUGGAUAAGUGGGUUAAGAAGUAAAAACAAAGUGUGGCCUAAAAUGGAUGUGACUGGUAGAUGAAGGAGUGAAUGAGUGACCCUGUGACAUUGUGUACAAACCCUUCAGUGAUCUGAGUCAACAUCUGGAGCCAGAGUAGGGCAGAAUUGAAUGAUGAUCAGUUGAACGUUAAACUAAUGUUUCGUCAUAUUAUUUUGAACAUUCUUAAAAAUCUACUUUUUUUGUUUCAUUGAAACAGUCUUGAUUUGAAGACUAAUGUUUUGUCAAGGUAUGGGAACUAAACAUAUUUCACUCAAAACAUCAUUUGGGCCUUCUCCAGUGUAAUUAAACUUAUGUGGUUGUCAUACCUAUAUUGGUAUAUAUCAAGCAUCUGCAUUAAAACCUGCAUUUAAAUGAAGGGUCUCGUUAGACAUGAAUAUCAAGAUGCUUCACAUUUCUUCUGCUUGGCGAUAAUAUAUAUGUUUUGGUUAACAUUCGCCCCUGUUUCUACCUGGCCUGAAGGUGUGAGGCUACACAGGUGAAAGGCAUGUCAAACAGGUGUUGUUGUCGUAAGAGGCGGCUAACGGGAUCGGGUGGUCAGGCUCGCUGACAUGGUUGAUGCAUGUCAUGGUAUGCGUGGAUAGAUGCUCAUGAUGUCGAUCACUGAAUUGUCUGGUCCAGACUUGAUUAUUUACAGUCCGCUGUCAUAUAGCUGGAAUAUUGUUGAGUGCGGCGUUAAACAAUCGAACAGGUGUGAUGUACUCAUUACCGGUAGAUGUAUUAUUUCACACACAGUCAGUAGAUAAAAUAUUUUUAUACAUGACUUUUUAUCAAAGAUAAAUUUAAAAUUUAGGGUCAACAGCAUGUACAUAUUUGAAAAAUGUUAAAAUUGAAGUUGGAUGGCUGUAUCUUAACCUCGCCAUUCGUCUGCUAGGCAUAUGAAGCACCAACAGGUGUUUAGAUACUGUAGCCAAACCUUUAAGCCCAGAACAUUUUGUGUUGCUUCAGUAAGUAAACCCGUGAUGGUGAAUUAUUUUAGGUUGAAAUUAAUAUGAAAGAUAUUUUUAAAGCUCUAUCUGUAAAUAAAGUUAAUAGUUCCACUUUAAUGCAGCGAAGUUUUCUUUGCACAUGCAAAAUCAAUAAUACUUUAUGAUUAAUUGUUGAAUAGGUGACUUAAAUACCCAAAUAGCCUCCAACGACACUACAAAAAUAUUAUAUGAUAUGAGUGUUUACAUGCAAAAGGAAACUAGUAUCAAGGGUGUGUGCUGUCUGGUUCGAAAUAUUCACCAAAUCAACUAUAUAGCACUUACUGUAUAUAUGUAAAUAUAAGUUUGUGUGUACAUAUGGAUACAGUAUGGAACAUUAAGUAGUAUUUAACCUAGCUAGUGGGUAGUUAGUAGUGUAAAGGAAGGGACCUUGAGAUAUAUGACUUUUAAACCAUAUGCAACUGUAACAUCAGGUGACAUUUCACACAAAUGAAAAAACUUACAACUCUUGUCAUGGUUGAGAACAAUACCCAUAAAAUCUUAUUUUUUAUCAUCUAUCACAUCACAUGUCUGAAAGUGACCUUACAAUGACCUUUGACCUUUUGACCUUUAUAAUUUACUAUAGCCCAGGGAGUCUCAUCUUGUGAAUAUGCAUGAAUCAUCUCAGACAUAUAUAUAUAUAUAUAUAUAUAUAUAUAUA